AUGGACGUCGUCGCGGCGGUUUCGGGGUAUAUCUCCAAGAUGGUCACCGCUGGGGAUCCAUCUGCGUCGGGAUCUGCAUCGUCAACCAGGAUGAAGAUCUUGCUUUUGGACAGUGAGACAGUGCCCAUUGUAUCGACUGCUAUCACCCAGUCUGCCCUACUGAACCAUGACGUGUACCUAAUUGACCGCUUGGACAACGCGGCUCGCGAACGGAUGCGCCAUUUGCGAUGCCUUUGUUUUGUGCGCCCGUCUCCAACCUCGAUCCAAUUCCUUAUUGAUGAAUUGCGCGAACCGAAGUACGGCGAAUACUACAUCUACCUCAGCAACAUCAUCCGCAAAUCGUCGCUCGAACGACUGGCCGAAGCAGACAGCCACGAGGUGGUCCGCGCCGUCCAGGAAUACUUCGCCGACUUCCUGGUCAUUAACCCGGACCUGUGUUGUUUCAAUCUCGGAUUCCCUCAACAACGACUCUGGAGCCACUCCCCGGACCAAUGGAAUGCGGAUGCACUUCAGCGGGCCACGGAAGGCGUAAUCGCCAUGCUUUUGGCUCUAAAGAAGAAUCCGCUGAUCCGGUACGAAAAGAAUAGCCUGCUGGCUAAGAAACUGGCGACAGAGGUCCGUUAUCAAUUGACUCAGGAGGAGCAGUUGUUCAACUUUCGCAAGACCGACACUCCGCCUAUUCUGCUGAUCCUAGAUCGCCGAGACGAUCCCAUUACGCCGUUGCUUACCCAAUGGACAUAUCAGGCGAUGGUGCAUGAAUUGAUUGGAAUCCACAACGGACGGGUGGACCUACGAGACAUACCGGAGAUCCGGUCGGAGCUGCGAGAAAUCGUUCUAUCGCAAGACCAGGACCCCUUCUUUAAGAAGAACAUGUACCAAAACUUCGGGGAUCUGGGCCAAAACAUCAAGGAAUAUGUCGAACAAUACCAGUUGAAGACUCAGAACACGAUGAAUAUCGAGUCGAUUGCGGAUAUGAAACGCUUUGUGGAAGAUUAUCCCGAGUUCCGCAAACUCUCGGGAAACGUGAGCAAGCACGUCACUCUGGUCGGAGAGCUUAGUCGACGAGUCGGCGAGGAUGACCUGCUGGAUGUGAGCGAGUUGGAACAGAGCUUGGCUUGCAAUGACAACCACGCCAAUGAUCUCAAGGUACGUUGGCCGGUCAACUCCCCCUCCCCCGCUAUCCGUCCUUCUCCCCAUCGGGGACUGGCUGACUUCUCCUUUUUGAAGAGCCUGCAACGAAUCGUCCAGCUCCCCACCGUGCCCGCAGAGAACAAGCUACGGUUGGUGGCCCUGUAUGCCAUUCGAUACGAGAAGCAGCCGACCAACGCUCUUCCGGUUCUACUAGACUUACUAGUCACGGCGGGCAAUGUCCCCUCCUACAAAGUGAAUAUCAUCCCCAAGUUGCUAGCCUACCAUCACUCCUUGCAAGCUCCACCGGUUGCGGGUGGCUUCUCGGACCUGUUCGAGUCGGCCUCGUUUUUUUCGGGGGCCCGCGACCGGUUCAAAGGGCUCAAGGGAGUGGAGAAUGUCUACACACAACACUCGCCCCGGUUGGAAGCGACGCUUCAGAAUCUCAUCAAGGGCCGACUGAAGGAGCUCCAGUAUCCUUUCUUGGAGGGCGGAGGCCAUAUCCGGGACAAGCCCCAGGAUAUCAUCCUCUUCAUGGUGGGCGGGGCGACGUACGAGGAGGCCAAGAUGGUGGCACAGGUCAACGCCAGUUCCCCCGGGGUGCGGGUGGUCCUGGGGGGCACGACCAUCCACAACAGCACAAGUUUCCUGGAGGAAGUCGAUGACGCUGUGAGCGGAUGGCCUGAACCAGGUCCCUCGACGGCCGCUGGACGGCUUCGACGAGAGGUUGAGCGGUAG